CACCAAGCCCGUAUAUUACAACACAAUAACUACGGUUUUGAUAAGGAGAAAAUAUGCUACAGAUGUGUAAUUGAGACCCGUCAAUAGGCGUGUGUAUCAAUUCUGAGUUGCCGGUAUUAAGUUUUUUCCUAUUGUACUGUUGGUUACCACUUCAUCCGUCUGUGUCCAGUUUUCCCUUACCCGUUUUUCUAGACUUUUAAGGAGAGUGUAAUGGUUGAAUAAACUAACAAUGGCGACGGGUCCCCCUAACUACAAAAUUAUUUUAUGUGGCGAGUACGGUGUGGGGAAAAGCUCCAUCUUCAGGCGGUUUAUGAAUGAUACAUUCACACUGGAAACCGGCAAAAAAUCAACAAUAGGACUGGACCAAAGUUCUAGGGGCUUUAACAUUAGUGGAACAGAUGUCAAGUUAACUCUGUGGGACACGGGUGGAAUGGAAAGAAUGAGUUUCAUUGGUUCCAGCUAUUAUCGAGGUGCGCACGCAGCCUUAUUGUGUUAUAGUAUUAAAAACAAAGACACCUUCACAAUUCUCUCACAAUAUAUCUUGGACAUAGUCAUGAAUGCCGAAGGAGCCAAAAUUUUCCUCUGCGGCAACAUGGCGGACUGUGAUGGCGAGGACCAAGUGACUGACGCUGAUAUUGAAAACUUCGAACGCGAGUGUGGUGACGUUUUAUCCGGAAUGUACAAAAUAUCUUGUAAAGACAACUCGGGGGUGUUCGAUAUGUUCAAGGACAUGGCCAGAGUUCUUCAUCAGGAGGCUUUGGGGAAAAUGACCUUAAGACGAGAGUUGAAUGUGAUCCGCCCCGGGGAAUCGCCGGAAAAUGAGGAAUCACAAAAGAAAAAGUGUUGUUGAAUAAUUGUUUGAUACAUGUUCAUGUAAAAUCAAUGUAACUUUAAGUUGAUCAGUCAUAUAUGUGUACAUUACUUUGGAAGGUAAUAUUGUUUUGUUUUGUGAAAAUCGAAUUUUUACAUGGAUUGAAAACGUUUAUUUGUUUCAAAUUUUCAAUGCAUGUGUAGGUGUCCUUAGUUGUGCAACUAUUGAUGUAUUUAUCCUGUACCUGAUUAUUCCUGCAUACUUAUAUCAUUUACAUGAUAUAUAUCUGCCACAAAGUGAAGUACCUGUUUACAUCAUUUCCAUUUUGUCAUGAUUUGCAUGUUUUCAUAAAUUUCUUGCAAAUUAAGCACAGAUCAGCAUCUAUAAUUGUAUUAAAGCUGAUAUUACAUCUUACUGAACAUUAGGUUUAAGUAUAACCCUAUAAUAAUAGCUUCUGACAGUUAUAUGAACUUGCACCGGAUAUAUUUCGGUAAAUCGUACAUGUAUAUUGAAAUUAAGGAGAUGCUGUAGGAAUUGUUUUAUAUUUUUGUUUGAAUUUUAAAUGUUUUCAUGCACUAAAGGUUCUACCUUGAAUAACAGAUUUUCAUAUAAAAAUCUACAUACAUAAUGUAUUAUUAUUAUUAUAUAUAUCUAUUAUAUUUCAAACUGUUCUUUACCAUAACUUUCACUUUUAAAAUGAAAGUGCCUUUUAUUUUGUUUUUAUAACUUAUAAUAUACUCAUGCAUUUUUAUGUCUUCCUCUCUCCAGUAUUAUUUGUAAACAAGUGUUAUAAUUAUUUUCAUAAGUCUAAGUAACACUCUAUUGAUGUAUAUUUACAGUGGAUAUAUCCUUGGAUAUACCUGUUGUUGUAAAAUAUUGUUCUGAAGUGGGUAAAUAAAUAGAUCGGAAAGACACUGAU